UUAACAUAGAGCGGAAUACAAAAAUUACAUUCAGUAAACAAGUAAAGUCAACAAUUAUGGUGUCGUGUAAUUGCAAGUAGAGUUGGCAACGGAAAAUGGUUUGAUGUAGUUUGCGAAUGUACAGCCCGCAAGGAUAAAGGUUUGGAUCCCAGUCCAAGAGGGUGUUGUUCGUAAAAGCUCACUUCCGCAUGUGGCUGUGGUACUGUAGGUCAGGCAAAAUUGCGAGUGCGGAUACCCUUCAUAGCGUUCACCAUCCAAAGCGUAACAAGCGUUGAUAUAACCCAGUGGCACGAGAAUGAAAUCCCUCAGUCCGAGUCUAGACACGGAAUUCGCAACAUUGCCUAUAAUCAUAAAGGAUAAUCGCAAGUGACAAGAAGCCAAAAGGAAAAGCUCGCAGGGAGGAAAUCCAUCAAAACAAAUCCUUUCCUUUCUCUCUUUCCACUUUCCCUCGACCACUUUUCUCAUUUCCGUCUUAUCCCUGAAACUGUAACUUCGAUUGUUCUUCAGGCUCUUCAUCUUUCGUGUAAACUUUUAACAAGUGUAAAUAUAACACCAUCCAGUGCGAACAACAGUGGGGUAGUUUCUAUUGUUAAGUGCGAACAGCUCGACUUGUGUUUUUCCGGCCCUUACUCUAGAGUUUGGUGAAGUGUAAUUGUCCUUUCAAUCCAGAUAUAAUCGAGAAACCUUUUUACUACGACUGAUAUUCGUUCGUAAGGAAAUAGUUGAGAGUGUUGAGACAGAGCUUCCCUUGCAUCUCUAGUUUCGAGCCUGUGGCAGAACGAGUUAAAUUGAAUUUUGUACAAGUUUCCGAAGAGGAUUAUUGUUCUGUUCGAACACAAGUGCUUCUAUUUCGCAAAGUGUUAAUUAAUUGAAAUAGAUUUGUCAGCAGGAAGCGCCCGACUCCAGUAGAGAAUGGCCAUCAGUUCCAAUUUCGGCGCAGCUGAUAGUAUUGAAUUAGCACCAAUGAGUAAACAAACGAAAGGAAGCCUAAGCCUCACGCCCAAGAUGAAACGAGCCGCAGCAUCCAAGAAGCUGCAAUUCUCAACGCCGGAGUACAGCAUAACGCCGAUUUCAACGAUUCCAGGUCCUAGUAGCCGGUUCACUAUACCUAGCCGCAAAAGGGAGGAAGCCAUGGUCAUGGCAAAUUUACGUAAACGCGUUGCAGCCGUCGAUUUGAGCCGUAAAAAACUUGGAGAUGACCCCAAUGCAAAUGAUACAGGACAAUCUGAACCAUUAGACAAUCGUCCACUUUUGCCAAAAGUAUCCUCAAAACGAGAUAUGAACAACGGUGAGGAGUCACCAAAACCUGUUUUGCAAGACAAAGAUUUCAUUUUGGAUUGUUUGUGUUGGCAUAAUGAAUACAGAGCCCGCCAUGGAGCUCCCGCCUUGACUGUAUCCCCUGAGCUGUGUGAAUACGCUCAGCAAUGGGCCAAUCAUCUGGCAAGCACCAAUGAAUUUUAUUAUCGGUCAGAGAAAACUCUAGGGCAGAAUUUAUUUUGUUGUCCCAUAAGUGCACUUGUAACUGACUUAACAGGGCAAGAAGUGGCUUCUUAUUGGUAUAGCACAGUAAGACGAUAUAACUACUUUAAAGAGCCCGGCUUGCUCCAUACCAACGUUAAUGCAGGUCACUUCACCCAAAUGGUUUGGGUUUCAACACGGUAUUUUGGUGUAGGAAAAGCGUCUUCCAAAACCGGGAAAAUCUUCGUUGUAGCCUACUAUUAUCCACCUGGUAACAUCGUAGGUGAAUUCCAAGACAACGUUUUACCACCAAUCAUGGAUCAGGAAACUCCAGGUCAACAGCCAGCUAUCGACUUGGACAAUAAUCCUAUCGUGUCGCUAUUGAAGUCCAAUAGCAGCGGCAGCAGUAACAACAACUGAGCAAAAACGUGAAAUAUGAAAUUUGUUUGAAGAAUCAAACAGCCAACUAUAGUUGCUUAUAAAAUCAACAGAAUUGUAUAAUAAAUAGCCGUUGACUUCCAAAACCACUAAACAGACUAACAAUAAUAGUGAGUUAAAAAUGGUGAAACCAAUAAAUAGACCAGCUUUUCGUUGAUAUCCCGCGAUAACUGUGCAGAAGAGCCGUUCAAGUGUUACUAGAGCUUCCAAAAUACAUAACAAAGAAAAACAAACCCUAGGCUUGGCUUAAAGCGUUCCUUACCAAACGAGUAAGGGAACAAAAAUCAAUACAAGUUAAACAAACCUAACUAACGCGGUUACUAUUGUAAAUUAAAAACAAAUAGUAAAAAUCAAACAAAUACAAAUAGUAAGUUGUUGUAGGAAUAUUAGAAUGGAUCGUUAUUUAAAUGGCCAAGACUUUUUGAAUACCACAACGGUCGGUUAAGUUUUAAUUUGUAGCAAUUCUAUUACGAUUUUUAAUCAAUUUUACAUUUUUUAUCGAUUAUAAUAUGUUCGAAAACAGAUAAUGCCUUUUAUGCCUUAUUAUGUUACGGCGAUAAGUAUAAACAUUAAUAAAUAUAUUUAUCAACGACAUUGUAUGAACAGCACAAAAAUCUAAGUUUUUAGGGAUUAAUGUAUGCCAUAAAAACACAUACAUACGAGUACCUAAGUAUUUCAUAUGAACUGAUAUCCAAAUGUGUAACAUAAGUAAGUAAGCAAAUCAUCAAAGUAAUUGAGAGUGAAUGGGGUGUGUCCUACAUGAAGCGUGAAUUUUGGAAGCUACGUAUAUCGAAGGGAAUAUUGAUCGAAAAACAGUUUCGAUUAGUUGACUUAGUAAUGCGUACUAAAUUAAAUUAAAUCAAAUCGAAAUCGGAUUCGAACCAGCAACAACACCAGCGAAGGAAGAAUGGAUAUCUUAUUUCAUGAGGGAGAACGUACAAAUUUAGUAAUUUGACACUAUUGUGUUCCAAACUGCUCUCAAAAUUCAACUAUGUAAAACACACCCUAAAGGAAGUAUCGUUGUGUAGCCUCGUCCAUAUCAUAUUAUACAUUGAUAUUUAUAUACACUAGUAACAUUUUUGAAAUGAUUUGCAAUCACCCUGUUAGCCAAAUAAGUUAUUAUAUUAGCAAAUAUUAUAUUAUCCUGUAUACAUUCAUGUAGUCUAAAUUAGCUUUUGAUUGUGAAUUAUUUUAAUGCAACUGGAAAGAUAACAAUCCUCCUCUCCAAUCGAGAUACCAAUCUCAUCCAAAUCCUAGUCAAAAUAUUUUUCUAGCAAAACAAUGAUAAUGAUACUUUUAGGAAGAAAAUAUAAUAUCCUUAACAGUCGAAAGCGGGUAAUACCUCUACGACAUUAAUCAUGUGCCACAUAUGUAAUCAUAUUCAUAUUAUACUAACAUAGUUGUAUGCUUCGCACUAUAUAAUCUUCUUAUUUAGCCUUUAUCCAUUUCGUGGCGAUGUCGGCUGUUUCGUUGAGAGAAAAUCCGGACCCGGAAUGAAAGUCCCCCCCCCCUGAUGAAAUUACACUAUCGAUCAAAUUUGAUUCAAGUUUCUAUUCCUGAUCCCCGGGAAAACUCCAAUCGAAAUUUCGAAACUACGAGGGAAGGAGGAAGCCAACAUAAAUGGAUUUUGGUUAUAAAAUAUUCAUUUGUUAUCCUUUUUACAAAGUUCCUCUAGUGACCUCCAUAAUAUUGCCCAUUAAAUCCAAUACAUUUGCUUUGCCACUAAUUGAAUCACUUCUGCAACUCUUCAACUUUCGUAACUAUCGCCCAAUGCCCGUUGCGAAAUUGUUCUAGUCACAUCCAUAUUAUCAAAACCAUUCCCUUCCCUUUCGAUUUUGCUUCAUUCUCGGAAACAGGAAAAGCCGCUAGGGCUACUUGGAAGGUAAGGAACUCCAACCCAAACCUUUUUCUUCUGAAAUUUCGCCACAUUUAUACUUCAUACCUAAAACUCUUAAUUUCAUUUGUCAAUUUAGCCCUUGAUUCUACAGAAAAUCAAAAAACAUUAAUACUUUGAUGAAAUUAUUUUUAUGUUGUGCAGACUGAAGAGAAUUUGGGCUAUACUUUGCUGAGUAACGAAUUUCGCCGUAUAAAGGAUUUCUUUUAUAUUUUACUGAAUGAGAUUCUAUCAAAUCCACAUGAAAUCCAUACCAUCCAUGCGGUCUUCAUAUAAAAAAUAUGUCAUACCAACUGAAAGGAAGAAUUAAAACGGUGCCAAAGGGAACAUCCUCUCUCAAUCCAUUAUGAAGUUACGAUUUUUUAAGCAUAUUUUUUAAAAAAUGGUCCUUACUAUAUCCUCAAGCCUUGACAAACUUAUUUGUAUUUUUGACACCACUUUCGGAUUUAACAUAGCAUUUCCUAUAAGCCCAGCUAGUUUUGCUAUUUUUGCCAAAGUUUGUUACAUCCGGUGUUUCAUGUCUUGCAUAAAAACUUGAAACCUGUAAUUCUUUGGAAAAUUUCAUGCGAAUCCAAAAAAAUUGUCAAAGUACAAAUAAAUUUUUCAAAAUUCAGUUUUUUGUGGUAUCACCCAAUUUUUUUCACACCACGGAGAGGGCACCUUGAAUAAAAAGAUAAAUCAUCGCUUUUAGAAAAUUAUGAAAAACAAAAGAUUGAAAACAUUGGUGUUUAAUUUAUUAUUAAAUACUUGUUUGAUCUCUUGGUAAACAUGGUUUUGUGCAUGACGAUUUGGGCUCCAACUAGCCCUAUCGCUUUCUAUCCGGAUGCGACAUUACCUAAUAUUUUGUAAAAUUCUUCCUGAUUCUAAUUUCAUACGUUACUAUUUGAAGAUUGCCUAAUGGUUUAAUUCUAUUUUCGCAUUUUGAAAAUGAUAACUUCUAAAUUAAGUUCUGAAAAAAAAGAUAAAAAUCCUGUUGCUGACACAAACUCAUUCAAUUAUCUGUUCAGUUCAGGGGUUAUUGAUGAGCAGUUUUUCCUCAUUUUCUCCGCAUGCUGUAGGUCUUUUUUGAAUUAAAAUGAAAUGCAUUUUCGCACAAUCUGAGAGACUCAUGCCUCAGAUAACUACCGAUUAAAACACUCUACUGUUGCGUCUAGGAAGCUAAUCCGGAACCAUUUGAGAGAUUACCUCAUUCCAGGCCUAAUGUAAAAGCUCAAGCCUCAUAGUUCAGAAAGCCUCAACUAUCUGCUGUUUUUCAUACCUACCUCCCUCUUUUUCACUUUAAAAUAGCCUUAAGUGUAACGUGCAACUAUACUCCACAUGUGUUCGCACUGUAUCAUGGUCUCAAUCCUAUUGUCCGAAGAUAAUUGGCACCUUUCCGCCAACAGACAAUGGCAAUGGCACUCUCACCUUCUGCUGAAGAAAAAGAUAUGGUAGGCAUCAUCCGCCAUAUCCUUACAGUAAAUGCAAUCGGGCAACCAUAAUUCCGCGAUUGUAUGCAGGUAAGACUUAAAAUACCCGUGUCCGCUAAGCAGCUUGGUUAGGUAAUGAUCAACCUUACCGAGCUUUCGAUUGAUUAAAUCACGGCGUACGUCUUUAAUGAGAUACGUUGUCCACCUACCCCUCGAUUCUCUUCGGUGGCUUCCUUCGUUCUCUCUUCUUUUCUGAAGUACUGUAUAUAGACCUAUACUCUGCAGCAUGGAAUGUGAUCAGAAUAGCUCCCGCUAUCACCAUUACUACCCGUUCCCAAGCCGUACAAUAACCGGCGGCAAACCACAAGUUCCACGCGUUGUAUUUGCGCUAGGGGAUUGCGGUAAAUCAUCUUAUUUACUAGUACCUUCGGGACCGUAAAGAAAGAUGGACUGAACCGCACAUAUCAGUAAACGGCAUCUACAGGAUAAGGAACUUCCGACAUUGUCCUGCAGCCUUGUCUGGGGUGUUGUAAAUCUACUCAUCGCCGUGUCUAUCAUUAUGACAAGGCCAUGAUUUCACCAACCAGAAUAGGAAGGACUGUAAGAACCCUCUCCUUAGUCAGAGCGACCACUUCAGUUUUUUCCAGAGCUAGAGAGAAUCCAUGUUCAGUCAUCUAUCUGUUAACUUACCGCAUCAACAUUGCCAGUGUGCACUGAGUUUGUUUGAUCGUACAUGCGGUGAUCAGUGUCGCAACAUCGUGCGCAUAUCCGUAUCUGACUAGAGAUGCGAUUCAUCAGGCAGCUCGAGUUGGAACAGAAUAUCAUAUGAAACAUUCCAAAAGUCCAGACCAAGGAUAGAUCCCUGAGCCGCCCCUGAUGUGAGCUCUAUUAUCAACUGUCCUUCCCGGGUCUAGUAUAGCAGGGUGCAACCUCCUAAAUAGUUCGCAAUUUUUCAAUGCCCCGAAAAUUUCACAUCACCUCACAGUGUAGAAGGCGUUUCUUACAUCUAGCGUUACAAAGAGCACAAUUCGUAAACAGCGGCAAUAGUUUGCUUCAACUGCUUGAACCACUUCCCCAAUCGCGCCAUUUGUGGUUCGCCCUGCUUUAAAACCAUAUUAUUUUGGUGAUGAAUCUUCAGCAGCACGUAUUGUAUCAGUCAAUCUUGGCCUGAUGAACUUCUCAACCAGUUUCACUGCUGAAUCCAACAUACUGAGAAGACGGUACGCUGAUGUCGUCUUUGCCUUUGCUUACCAGCACGAGCCUCGCCACGUUCUAGCAAGAGGAAAAAACACCCGCUGUGAAAUAUGCGUUGAACGUGCUCAAUAGCCAGUUCGGCUUAUACUUGUAUACAAGUUCCACCAUCCGAUCCACCUCCCAACUUAAGGUUGCUCACAUCAGGGUCAUGACUUUUCAUCGCCUCUUUCACCUCUUCUCGUGAACAAACAAACAAACAAACAAUUUUGUGUUUUAAUUUAAAUUAACUGAAUUUCGACUCGCUUAUUGCUCACAAGAAAGUAUCCUUCCUAGACCACUUCUACUCGCCCCUUUUGAUCGCCUCGUCGAUCUUGCCUCGUCCACCCUAAGGGCCCUAGGGUCCUCUGAUUGGCUUGUUCUUGUGACUGUAGUUUUAGCUUCUUUCUAUCGGUAGCCGGUGUUGUAUGCCUGAACUGCAGUCAGCAGCUAUCAAGUGGAUGGCAGACUCAGAACUCCCGUGUUGUUAAUAAUAGUUCAAAACUUCCACUGUUGCUGCUGGUUGGAAACUUUCUAGGCUUCAUAGUACCGUAAUGAAUGUGGAUUUGAAUACAAUUCAUCUGAAAAUUUUCCUUUUUUGAGAAAUGUAGCCUAAUAACGAAUUGAACAUUCCGAACCUUUCUGUUUGUUGCCCUCCUUCAAUCGUUACAAAUGUAACUUACAUAUUCAUAUUCUAAUUUUAAAACUACUUUACCCUAACCAUUUGCUAAUUCUCCCCGAAAUUGUAAUUGGCACAGAGUUGAACUCGGCGUCAAGCUUUCAGCCUAUUUAGACAUUUGUGUAUGAGCUCAUUCACACAAUCAGUAUAAGCCCUCCAUCAGUUAAUCGGUUAAUUUAAUACUAUUAUUCGAAAAUUAAGAAAUCAUUCUUCAAAGUGGGUCAUCAUUCCACCAGUCAUUGUGUCCAUUUAUUCUCACUCUGAUGUAAUUUACUGAUGGCAAGCUGAUUAUGUAAAUCGGUACUGUGGAACUUCUUGUUUUUUUUUUUAAAUAAAGCUUGAUUUGAAGUGAGAGUGAAUGAAUAACCUUCAGUUUGUGCAGAUUUUUUACUUUCGCUUAUCCAUAUAUCCUGGAAAUCCCUGAACUGGAAGAAGGGAAUGAUUUUUAACAUGUCAAAAAAGGCAACUGUCUUCAGUGCGAUGAUUGAAAGUAUUGCAAAGGUUAUAAAGGAAACCAUCCUGAAACCCGUCGAAAAAAACCUACGAUGCUUGAUUGAGAUCCUCCUGCACUGACUAUAUCAACACCUUGUGGAUCAUUGUAAGAUAGUGUGCUGAAUUCAGAUCCAGGGCACAAUAUUGAAGGCGUUGAUCACUUUGUAUAUCUACGAAGCGUUGUUUCCGCCGACGGAGGCACUGAUUUUGAUAUUAUAUUAUAACGCUACAUCCGCUUUCGCUGUUCUGCCGAAAAUCUGAAAAUGAAACUAACUUAACAUCAACGUCAACAUAAAACUUUUUUGUACUUAUAUUCUUUCUGUACUGCUAUAUGGAAAGCGACCACCACUGUUAUUUGAAAGUGGUUAUUAGCGCAACUAUCAUUCCGCGGUUAUAAAUCAAGCAACUUUAUUGCUGAUUACAAUGUGAUCAAGCUAAGUCUGCGAAAGCUACUGACCAUUUAAAAGUCAACCAAAGGUAAACCUUCCAUCAUUGGGUUUGUCCAUGUAAUUCGAAUAGAAUGUCUUCAAUUCCCUAUUGUCGCUUUUUGAGGACUGUUCCUAGACUACAUUGAUGGUCAUGAAAGUGUCAACUCCACAUCGAUUAAAUUCUGGAAGGAAAGCAGGGUACAUCGGGACAGUCUCACAAAAGUGCGCAAGACAUAAAAUUGCGCCUUUCAGAAACUGUAAGCACCAAUGUCAUACCGGUUUCCACGGUAAUUCCGGAGAAGUGUUGCCACAGUAAAGUGCCUCAAAAAAUAUAGUGCUCUCCAUAAUCACGGCCUACUCAUAUCCAGACUUUCAACAUAGUAUUAUUGCGGUUCGGGAUGAAGCUGAAAAAAGUUAUCUUUUUGAGGACCAUCAAAACCCUUAACGAGGAACAUAGUAAAAUAUACCUAUCCCCUGAAGACUCCUUACUUUUCACCAGGGUCAACACAUUAUCCUUGCCUUUCAGCAGAGUCAACACAUUCUAUUUAGACAUUUCUGAUAGCAUCAAAAAUGUUAUUUGUACUUCUUUCUUCACUAUGAUUUAUAUUGGCCAACCCAACGAUAGUGACGAAUAGAUUGUUGUAUGGCGCAAAAUAGUAAAGGAAGAAUGUAGACUUAUUUCAAAAUCUUGAAAGAAGUUGAAGCUACUUGCUCGAAAUCAGCAUCAACGACACAUAAUUCUGGCUCUUAGCCAGUCCAACUUUUGGUCGCAGCAACUAUCGCCAUAUAAUUCAAGAAAAGGAAUUGUAAAAAAAAUGAAUAAAAAACAUUUUUGAAAAAUCCAGUCAUCAGAUAGAAUUUAACCGUAGACCGCCGAGCAGCACAACCAUAGCCACACCUAAACUGACUCUCUGGCUGCGUACUGCAUAGAGUACAUGAACAAUUUGUAUCCAAAUUGUAUCCAAAUUGUUCACCUAUAUAAAGGGUAUACUGGAUAUCUUUAUUGAGAAGAAUUAAAGGUCUAUAAAGGCUGCAGCUAUUUCAUUCAAACUCUGCCCUACAUAUAAUAAAACAUCCUUUUAAUUGUUUCUCCUUUAAAAAUCUUCUCGUGGUAUUACUCGCAACUACUCAAAUUAAGUUCAGAACACUCCGCCUAUACGCUGCUUGGUAUCCCUUCCUUGUCAAAAUUUCAAAAAAAAAAUGAUAAAACAUUACUACUAAUUAACCGAGCCAUCUUUUUCAUUUUCUAUCUUAAACAACUGCAUCCAUAGGGAUGAUACAUGAUACAGUAAAACUAUAUAUGUAUAUGUAUGUCGUUUUGAAGCCCUCGUAGAGACAAUCUAGAAUUUUUCAUUUUAUUCUAAUUUAAUUGCCUUAUAGAAGUAAGUGCUUUUGGAGAGGAGUAUUUUUCAAAAAUAAAAUGAAAACAUAUUGUUGUGCUUUUAUAAUGGAGUGAAAUGUUUCGUUAAGACUAAGAAAAAGACUUGAAAUUUAUAAUUCAUUGUUAUCCAGUAAAAUAAAGAGGAACGUAUUUAUGUAAA